UCUCUCUCUCCAUUUUCAUUCAAUCAUGGAGAUCUGGUUUAUUAUCGUCGGCACCCUAUGCCUCUGUGCAGCCCUGAAACCUCUCCUCGAUUUGCUCUCUCACAGGACAAAACCCAAACACCCACCAGGCCCUUGGACAGUACCUAUAAUUGGCAACUUCCUAUGGCUCCGUAAGAGCUUAUUUGAUCUUAACCCCAUCCUUCGCAACCUCAAUGCCAAGUACGGCUCCAUCGUCUCUCUCCCAAUUGGCUCUCGCCCCAACAUUUUCAUUAGAAGCCAUUCCCUCGCUCAUCAGGCACUUGUCCAGAACGGAUCCAUCUUCGCCGCUCGUCCACCUAGCCAAAACGCGUUUAGCAAGCAGAGAGCCAUUAAUUCUUCUACUUAUGGUCCAUUCUGGCGACUCCUCCGCCGGAAUCUCACUUCCGAGAUACUCCACCCUUCACGGCUGAACAGCUACAGCAGCGCGCGCAAGAGGGUCUUGAAGACACUAAUCAGCAAUCUAAAAGAGCAAUCUGAAUCAGGCAAACCCAUUCAAGUACUCGAGCACCUUCGCUAUGCCAUGUUUUCCAUACUACUUUUCAUGUCUUUGGGUCAAGAAUUGGAUGAGAAGGUUAUCCAAGAAGCCAUACAAGUUCAGAGAUUACUCAUUUCCAGUAUCAAUAGAUAUAGAAUACUAACCUUCAUGCCAAAGCUGGGGAAGAUCAUAUUUCAGAAGCUGUGGAAGGAACUGAUUCAUCUGCGAACGUAUCACACAAAUUUUUUUAACUCCUUGAUAAGAGCACGGAAAGAAGGAAAUGAGAAACAGGUUGCCUCAUAUGUUGAUACACUGUUCAAGCUUUGGAUCCCAGAAGAAGGGAGAAAUUUCAAUGAGGAAGAGAUCAGAGCUCUAUGCUCUGAGUUUAUCAAUGCCGGCACCGACACAACAGCGACGGUAAUGGAGUGGAUCAUGGCCAACUUGGUGAAGCAUCAAGAUAUCCAAGAAAAGCUAUUUUCUGAAAUCAAAGGAGUGGUGGGACUAGAAGAAGAGAUCUCAGAGAAGGAUUUGAAAAAGAUGCCAUAUCUGAAAGCAGUAGUAAUGGAGGGUCUGAGGCUUCACCCUCCAUUGCACUUUGGGCUACCUCAUACAGUGACAGAGGAGUCCUACGUAGACGGCUAUGUCAUACCCAAGAAUGCUUCUGUACAUUUCAUGAUUGCAGAGAUGGGGAGAGACCCACAAGUCUGGGAGAAUCCAAUGGAAUUCUGGCCUGAAAGGUUUUUGAGUGAUGGAGGAGAAGGAUUCGAUAUAACCGGGAGCAGGGAGAUUAAGAUGAUGCCAUUCGGUGCAGGGAGGAGGAUUUGCCCUGGAUUAAACCUUGCAUUGCUUCAUCUAGAGUAUUUCGUAGCUAAUAUGGUGAAAGAAUUCAAAUGGGUGGCUGUUGAUGGAGAAGAAGUUGACUUGUCAGAGAAGCAAGAGGUAGCAGUAAUGAUGAAAACUCCACUACGGGCCCACAUCUCUCCAAGGAGGAUCCUAGACUAG